CUUUACCCGGAGUACCUUCUAACGAGGUACAGAAAGCAGCCAAUUGAUUUCUAAGGACACCCGUCAGCAAACACGAUGAUCUUUAAUAAGUUGCUGACGUCACUGUACGCUUUGUUGUUGAUGAAUGCUGUUUUUGCGAACAACGAGAAAGUUUACGAUGAGCUACUUGAGUUGCUAGAGGAACUAGAAAAAGACAGCGAAACGGACGGUGGAAAGAGGGAAACUCUCACCACUCGAGAUGACAGCCAAAUUAAGAGUGAAGUCGACAGAGCACUUACUGAUGCAAAAAUAGCCAUCGAUAAAUUUAACGACAGAAAGAUAUUCUACUACAACAGAGGAGGAAACCUUGAUGCUUUUGAAACUAUUCAACAAUCAGCCGGCAAUGACUACAGAUACACACUGUUGAGCUCCCCAGGAUGUGCAGCGGAAGCUAAAUCUGUCAUCUUCGAUGCUAGAGCCUGUAGCGAUGUUCAUGUUGGUCUAAAAGUAGAUGAAGAUCCUAAAGGUGACUUGUACGAGAUCGUUAUAGGAGGCUGGAGCAACACACAAUCAGCAAUCCGCACUGAAAAGCAGGGAAACAAUUUAGUUGAGGUGAAGACAGAUGAUGUUCUCGACUGCGAUAAGUACAUAACCUUCAUGGUGGGCUGGGCAAGUGGACACAUACAAGUGUUUAAAUUGACUGGUCAGUCUGGCUGGAAUGAAUUUAUGUCUUGGUACGACCCAAACAUACCAGUAAAAGAUGUUAAAUUCGUUGGUCUUACAACUGCAAACUGGACGUCUGGAUACUUCAGAACUCCCAAGCAAGGUGAUGAUGCAAUUAUCGACACUCACAAACAGUUUAACGUUUAUAACUACACGCUGCUACAGGACCACGGCUUCCCAUUAGUACAGAGACCCUAUGUAGUGUUCGAAGUCAAGACAUGCAAUGACGCAUAUAUUGGACUUUCCAAAGCAUAUGACCAGGGUUAUGAAGAUGUUGAAAUUGUAAUUGGCACGGACCUUAACACGAGGUCGGCCAUCCGCAUAAAUGAUACUGACCAAGCUUUCAUAGACCUUGCCGAUGUAGUGGACUGCGACAAGUAUACGACGUUCUUCAUAAGCUGGGCUGACCGAAACAUACAAGUGUUCAGACAAACGACCAAAGGAUGGACAAAACUCAUGACGUACACCUACGGCGGCCCUGAGAUACCAAUCAACUUUAUAGGAUUUUCGACAAAACGUUACGCAAGUGGAUCCUGGCGAAUUUCCAAAACAUUUGAAACGGGUCUGGACGCCCCUCCCGGAGACUCUUCCCCUGAAGCAUUGGCAGGCCUAAAUAAUGUGGAUACAGAUAAAACAGAAAUCGAAAAGGAAGAACAUGCAGCUGUGAUGUCACUUGCAGCCACCAAACUUCUUCUCGACAGAGGGGUAUUUAAAGACCUGCAGGAGCUGAAAGCUAACAAAAUAGCACUCGAACUUUGGAAAACGUUCUUUAAUAACCAUUGUGAUGAAGGAGCCUCGACGUCUUGUUCCUCGAACAACCCGUACAGAACCAUCACCGGCGAAUGCAACAACCUGGAUAAUCCUCGUUGGGGCGCUAUAAAUACUGUACAAGUACGACUUGUACUGUCAGCAUAUGAUAAUAAAUUUAGUAGCCCACGGAAGACGUCUGUAAGCGGUUCCGACCUGCCAAGUGCAAGAACCGUAUCGCGAACGGUGUUCAAGAAACCGGAUGGUGUCAGUGAAGCACCGACUGACCCCUUAAGGAGUCUAAUGAUGAUGGUUUGGGGCCAAAUCUUGGAUCACGACAUCGGUGAAACACCUAUCUCUAAAGGUUUCAAUGGUGUUACAAUCCAGUGUUGCAGUAUAAUAGACGUGUUCGUCAGGAAGGAAAGGGAACAGUGCUUUCCUAUCCCAAUCGAUCCGCAGGACCCAAUCUUUACUCGCAAGUGCAUGAACUUCAUCAGGUCGUCUGCCGCCACUGCUCAUCACUGCGAACCAGGUGAACGUGACCAACUAAAUGUCAUCACAUCGUUCAUUGACGGUUCAAUGGUUUAUGGAUCGGAAGACCAUGUAGCUCACUCACUACGAACUUUCCAUGGUGGAAAGAUGAAAGUUGAUCCAUCGAAUCUUCUACCUAAAAACGACGACAGCGCUUGUGUUCUAAAUCAACCUGGCACUCACUGUUUCCUAGCAGGAGAUAUUCGAGUGAACGAGAACGCCCUGCUGGCCAGCAUGCACACGGUGUUAAUAGUAUAUCACAACAUCUUAGCCGAAAGAUUGUCCAACUUAGCCAACAAUACUUUGGAUGACGAUGAAAUCUAUGAAAGGGCUAGACAGAUCAUCGGUGCUCUCAUACAGCAAAUCACCUACUCUAAAUGGCUACCAAACGUGUUAGGGUCCAAAUUAAUGACGUAUUACAAGCUAGAUCUCGGCAUGGACGUCCCUUAUGACAAAACGGUGAAUCCUGGAGCACAGUUGGCUUUUACUACUGGGGCAAUGAGAUACGGACAUACACUAGUUCUGAAUGACAUCCCCCAUAUGAGUGAGGAUGGCCAAGAUACAGGCAGCAAUCCUUUGAGCGAAAAUUUUUUCGUCACCAAUCCAGUGUUUUCUGAUGCCAAGGGGCUCGUUUCUGCAAUGUACCAAAAACCUUGCGGAGCUUCAGAUGGUACAUUUGCCGAUGCUAUUGAGAAUCAUCUGUUUGAGAACAAAGGCCCGUUCGGUCUGGAUCUUAGUGCUUUGAACAUUCAGCGAGGUCGUGAUCACGGUUUACCUGGCUACAUAAGUUACCUCAAGUUGUGUUUCGAUUCACAACCAGGAGAAUUCUCCGAAUUAUACAAUCACGAUGCCGAGGCCCAGGAACUCUUGAAGAAAGUCUACAGUGAUGUAGAGGACAUCGAUCUAUUUGCUGGUGGGAUGACGGAGAAGAACGUCGAAGGUGGACAUGUGGGAGGAACUUUCGGAUGCUUGUUGGGGAAACAAUUCCAAGCAUUGAAAGAGGGUGACCGCUUUUGGUACCAGAACUCUUUAAAUAGACGUCAAAAACGGAAUGUGGACAAGGUAUCUUUAUCAAAGAUUCUAUGCGAGACCUUCAAGUUGGACGAGGUUCCAGAAGACCCCUUCCUUCUCUCAGAUGAGCGAACAAAAUGUUCUGAACUCGACGACAUUGAUUUGAAGCAUUGGUUAUGAACAUCUGACCAGAGGUGUGCACAGAUUUACCCAUAUAUUAUCAGUUUUCGAUUAAAUAUCUAUUCCUUUAAAUAGCCCUGACAUUUAUUAACAAAUAUACACAGUUUGUUUCAUCUUGUAAGGCAUCAGGUAGCAGUACACAGUUUCUCGGUGUAACCAUGGGUGAUAUUUUUGUUCAUUAGAUUACCCCCUUAUAAAGGUUUUAAUUAAAAUUUAGAAAAUGAAUCCUUGCUAAAAAUUGGUCUUGUCAUCCUGAAGUGGACAAUGUGGGGUUUCAUUUUUUCAUAAGAAUAUUUUAAAUUUGUGUUAGAGAUUAUUAUUUUGGCAGUCUUGGAUCUGUGUCUACACACCAAAAACUAGCUUUACAGGCAGUGAAAUUUCCAUAGUGUUUACACGUGGUCAUGUCGUGAAGGCUUUCCGGGUUGAAACUUUGCUGAAAUGUAAGUAGUUUGUUACCAUGACAGUGAUUUUGAUUUCAAAACAGGAGUUCAGAAAUAAAUUUCUUCUAUAAAUUUGUAGUGUUUACGUUGGAAUAAGUUAGCAGUAUUUUUGCAUUUUAAGUAUUUUUUGAGUUGGUAACCAUGGCAAUCACAUGUCAGAAAUCAGAGGAAUUUUUUUAUUUACGUAAUUUUUAUCUCUCUACUAUUAAUGUAAUUGUUGUGUAGUUUAUGAAUAUACAUACAAGUAGGGAUGUAUUUUUCAUAACCAAACUGCUAUGCCUAUAUAUCUCAAACAUGACCAAUAAUUUCAGAUAAAAAUGGCAAAUGAAGUGUUUCCUGCUACCUUAUGACGUCAUCCUUAUCAGUCAGUAUUGAUUACUGACGAGUCCUUCAUGAUCUUCCUCUGUUUUAUCCAACGAUCUCGAUCUUAAUUAUAUCUCCAUUUGUUUUGAUUUCUAGUAUGUUUCUGUCCUUGUGUAUUAAUAUCUUCGUUUUGUGAUGCAAUAACUUUUUAUCUGUUGAUUAUAUAUAUUUUUAUGCUAUAC